GCACAUACAUGAAGGUUUUUUUUUUCAUUGAAAGAGGUUGACGUGGCAGCUGAAGAGCUGGAACAGCUGUGACACUAUAGGACUCAUAGUUAGUCAUCAGAGGGUCACCAAACUAGUGAGGCUGAAGAUGGAUACGGAAGAUUCUCUUUGUAUGGAAAUGGCUGCAAGGGCAGUGCAGCAUGUCGUUGGCGAUCAACAAAAUCAGAACGAAUACAAUUUGGCUGAUAGCCUAGUCAGCCUAGUAGACAGGAGUGCGCUUUCGAAUAGUUGUCUGGAAUAUAGCGAUACGAUUCUAAUGUUUUGUCUUAUUUGACAAGUGAUAAGCAAACAUUAUCAUUCAGCGAUUCCACAUCAAAAAAUCAGUGUAAAAGAUACGAUAUGCAUAAGCUAGAACAAUAUUUGUAUCACGGGCGUCUACACAUGAUUUGACUCGGAAUUCGUUUGUCGACAUUUCAGUCGAACUGUUUUUAGAAGAUGUGUAAGCUAACGUACUAAUUUAAAUUGUUCAACCGCUUGUGGAUUCAGCCCGCACCGUUCUUUGCAUUGAUAUGAAUGCUACUUGGAGGUGAAAACCCACAAAGAUAGUGCAAUGAAAACCAGGUUCACCAGUUUAUUUAUGUAGUGUGGGUUGUACGUUGUAUAUUUCUUACCGAUGAAAAUAUGUAACAAAUUUUGGAAAUAUGAAAGUGUAUAUGGAGACCUUUCGAAAUUUAGUGUGCGGAAUGAUUGGCCUAUUUCAUUGACGUCAUAGGUCUUUCCUAUUGGUAUCGUGAUGUUUUGUUAAUGUCAUUUAGAUGUUUCAAUAUAGGAUUUCUAUGUCUUCAGUUAAAUGAAGUCAGUUAUGGGCCCUCAUGUUAUUGUUAUCAAUGAAGAAUCCGAACUCGUAACAAUUCGAAUCUGAUCAUAUUAUCUCACAUACAGAUUUAAAUUUUAUUAGCAGUAGAACCAAGUAGAAAAACAAGUUCUCUGAAGCUUGCUGAUAACACAGAGUGUAUGUAUAUAUAUUUUUAUCGCAUUGUCAUAAAGAUCGACAAAUGUUUAUAGUUCUAUUUCCAAAACAAUUCUUUUUAUGGUUGGCUUCCAGCCUAUUUCUAAAGCAUGUCGAAGAGAUUUUCUUAAGCUCCUAUUGUUAGUUCGACUGUACCUUGCGGAUUCGAAAUUGAGCUGCCACAUUGGCAAUCAACAACGCUAAAUCAUCUUAAUGAUGUGUGUAAAACAAUUAGUGAGCACUUAAUACACAUAGUGAAUCCUGUUUCGCGAUAUUUUUCUUAGGGAUAAUCGGUGCAUCGGUGUGAUGGCAACAAGACCUGUACUGCACGUUAUGUUCGAUAGAAUGUCAGCUAAUAUGAAUGUAAACGACACCAGGAAAAUUCGAACUCUGAGAGCAUUAUAACCGACACGGAAGUUUUGGAUGAACGAACGAGCCGCGAGGAUAUUAUACCCUGCGGGACAAGCAGUGAUAUAAAGCUUUUGCCGCUUGACGUUAUGUGAUGCUGACCAACCGCAAACAGAAUUUAAAGACCGUCAGCAGUUGGAUACCUGAACAGUUUUACACCUAUCAACCCUUGCAACAAUUAUCGGCUCAACUAGCCGAGGAGGAGUGUCGGCCGUCGGUCCUCGACCGCCUUCUGGAUCCCGGAGACGAGAACUACACGCAUCUGCUUCCAAGUAACAUGACCUUUCGAGAUCGUUCUGUUGAGUUCGCCAAUGCCGCCAAACAGAUGCAAAGCCGAAUGGGGAAUGGCGUCAGGGCUGGCUCCGGCCUGGCCAACCGCCGAAAAGGAAUUCGAGGUUUACAGGAGUAUUCGUUGUUCAUGAGGGCCUCUGCUCAGAUUGGUCGCGAUAUUACGGCUACAUUCGUUAAGCUUGAGAAGCUGGCUUUGUUAGCAAAGAAAAAAUCGAUUUUUGAUGAUCGGCCUCAUGAAAUUCAAGAACUGACUUACAUUAUCAAGCAAGAUCUUUCGUCACUCAACAAACAAAUAGCCCAGCUUAACGAGUCUGGUCUGGCGUCUGGUCUUACGGGAACAACUGGUCGGCAUUUGGCGUCACAUUCAAAUUCUGUGGUAGUCUCAUUGCAAUCGAAACUAGCGUCAAUGUCGAACGACUUCAAACAGGUACUGGAGGUACGAACAGAAAAUCUAAAACAGCAGAAAUCGCGUAGAGAUCAAUUUUCUUCGCCAACUUCGAUGACGGCACCUGCUUCAACGCCUUCGUUGCUUGUAGCGGAUGAAGAAGCAGCUUUACUGAGAGCCGAGAAUACGGCAAUCAAUAUGGAUGGUGGGAGCGGCUGGCAAGCUGUCAGCAACGUCCAAACUCAAUUGCUACUCCACGAUGAGCAAGACUCAUACCUGCAGCAGAGGGCAGAUGCGAUGCAGAGUAUAGAAAGCACCAUAGUCGAAUUGGGAGGAAUCUUCCAGCAGCUAGCCCAUAUGGUCAAGGAGCAGGAAGAAAUAAUGGUCCGAGUCGAUUCGAACAUUGAAAACGCGUCACUCAGCGUGGAGGCAGCACAUUCCGAACUGCUUAAAUAUUUCCAGUCGAUGACGGGCAACCGGUGGUUGAUGAUCAAGGUGUUUGGUGUGCUAAUUGUAUUUUUCAUUUUGUUUGUCGUAAUCGCCACGUAGCUUCUUGCAGUCUCAAGACGUGCAAACAAGAGUCAUAACGUUGUUAUCACCAGCUACUGUUAUUGGCCGCUUCUACAAUCAGUAAACAUAGAGUUGUCGAUAAAAAAUUACUCGUAAAGGGCAAAGACUGUGAGAUAAAAGGUACAGCAAAUAAAUUUAAUUUUUUAUAUGUUAAUAUCAAAAUAGUAGAGAUCAUUUUCCGAUGCAACAGUCGUGUAUCAUUGGCCAGUGCCAGAACUGUGUCACAGGCAACGAUAAUUGAUUUAAUAAUCGAUAUCUUGUCUUUGUAACUUACGAAAUUAGCACCCAAUUUAUUCCUGUUCGAGGCGGGUGUUUUUUAAUUUUUAGAUUCGCACUAAAAGAAUUCCUGUAGUGAGGGCCUGUAUCAACAUGAGCACAAGACGAGGUGAGUGUCGUUUUUAUAAUAUAAGAAGUUGAAAUAUAUAUGUUAAUAAAAUGACGUCCAUAAUUUUCUAAUCUUGAUCAAUUGACUUUGAAAGCAGCUUUACCCAUGUAGAAUGUAUGGUGGCAAAAGAGCCGUGUAUGUACUAGCCAUCGUCUCAUAUAGCGUAGGGUGACAGUCUUGGUUGAACUUGUAACAAACAGGAUAUUCAAUAGCUAGGUCCGUACGAUGUGAUACCGCCAUUUCUCUACCGCAAACUUUGUCAGAAAAAAAAAACUGAUGUAUGUUAAUAUUGCGGAGAACAAAGUUUCCACAUUCAUCCACUCGCAGGACCGUUGGUAUAUAUAUUUCAUCUAGUAUAAUGAAAGCUGAUGUUUUCUUUACUAUGGGAGACACUAGGUGAUGAGAAAUCUAGGUGGCAAUAAUGAGAUCUCAUACAUACAGCACGAAUUCGAUAUAUGGAUUUAACCGUCAGUAUUGAAAGAAUUAAUAGGAAAUCGGAAUCUAGGUUGGAGAAGUAGAAAAACAGUAAAAAUAUAGUGUAUCUACCAACAUUAGCGCCGGCGAUGGGUCGUACGAGGAAAGUAUCUACGGGAUUAUAGAUAGCUACUGAACAGCCAAGUUUGUGAAGUUGAUUUUUGUAAACACCGGUCGCCAGAAAGGAAUGGCUUAGUCAGCUUUCUGCGGUAAUAAGAACCGCCGUAAGAGAAACAGUAAAUAAAGACAUCGGUUCCUAUUUGCUGUGGGGAUGUAUAGAGAUGUUUGGCGGAUCAUGUCAUGUUGGUUGGGCGAAAAAGCGAUAGACUAAAAAGAAAUUGCUCAUAGUUUUGAGCUGAAAUUUUUAUCGUGCACCAAGAGACUAAUAGUUAUGAUGAUCGCGUUUUGCAAGAAGAGAGCACACAAAUUUGGAAGAAAGCCUCGGUAACAUUAGUACAAUAAAUAUAUAUAUGUUGAUAUAAUUGACUUUAUGCCAAUAUGUUUUAGAAGACAAAGAUAUUGAGAUAUCAUUGUCGUAAAAAAUAUUACAUGAAUAAAAGUACGCUAAUUUGUGGCGUAUCGUUUU